CUACCAAUGUUCUAUUGUAGUAUUUGGUGCAUUUUUUGACAAUUUGUAUUUUCCAUUAUUUAAUUUAGGGAUUUAAGUCGAUAAUUUCCGACAUUUCCGACUGAAAUUUCGAAUCGGCCGCUUAUUAGUCUUCGGCGUACUGAGCAGCGUUGUUCGAGAAAGUACAAAAUCUGACACAAGGUUGUUGAACAUGCACAAGCCAGAGAUUUUGACGUUAUCAGCAGCGGUGACACUGACUGAUAAUGAAACACAUGCUGCGGUUUUUUCCAGUCACUCGUUACUUGCUUCCGCGAGUGAAUUUUACCGGAAAAAGAGACAAUUUUGUGAUUUUUAACUCAGGCCAACAGAAACAGUUUUCCUCCAAAAUGCCGUACUCUACCAUCGAACGUGGAUCUCCAAAUUCUAUCGACUACAGACUUUAUAUCAAAAAUGAACAUGGCCCAAUUUCUCCAUUUCAUGACAUUCCUUUAUAUGCAGAUGAGGCAAACAAGGUCCUAAACAUGGUUGUUGAGAUUCCCCGAUGGUCAAAUGCCAAAAUGGAGAUUAACAAGGAAGAAAUACUGAACCCAAUCAAGCAAGAUGUAAAGAAAGGAAAGCUGCGGUAUGUUGCUAAUUGCUUCCCCCACCAUGGCUACAUCUGGAAUUACGGAGCUCUUCCUCAAACUUGGGAGAACCCAGAUGCCUUAGAUGAACAUACCGGCUGUAAAGGAGACAAUGAUCCCAUCGACGUGUGUGAAAUCGGAUAUCGGGUGGCUAAAAGAGGAGAAGUUAUCCAAGUGAAAGUACUAGGAAUCAUGGCUUUAAUUGAUGAAGGUGAAACUGACUGGAAGGUAAUCGCGAUAGAUGUCAAGGAUCCUUUAGCAGAGAAAUUGAAAGAUAUCGAUGAUGUAGAAAAAUUGUGCCCAGGACUCCUCAAAGCGACUGUGGAAUGGUUCAAAAUUUAUAAAAUUCCUGAUGGCAAACCAGAGAAUAAGUUUGCAUUCAACGGAGAAGCAAAGAACGCUGAGUUUGCCAAUAAGAUCGUUGCUGAAGUGAAUAAGCACUGGCUUUCUGUGAUGAAGAAGGAAAUUGAUGCUGGUGGCAUGUCUCUAGCUAAUACAAUUGUUACGGACAGUCCAUUCAAAAUAGAGUACAGUAAAGCAGAGGAGGUUUUGAAAAACAGCCCCGCACCAGGUCCUGCUCAACCUAUAGAUGACAUUGUCGACAAGUGGCAUUUUCUAAGUCUGAAGUGAAAAUCAGGAAACCACUCCUGGUGAAGAUCAGAAAACUUUUCCCAGAUACUAAUCUAGCAGCAUUUAAUUUAUGGUACUAUUUCUAUUACCUAGGUAAUUUAUAUUUUUAAAAGGAAACUAGAUUUUUUCACCAUUUGUCAAAUCAUAAGGUGUGCUGCACAAACGCCAUAAAUUUAUUGUGAGGGUUAAUUUGUUGAGCUUUAGUAAGAUUUGUUUUUUUAUAAAAGGUCUUUUUUAAAAUAAAUACAAGCUACUUGCUUGA